UUAUCUCUCUAUUGCAUAGCUUAAACUAAAAAGCACACAGUAAUUAGUUAGUCACCAAAAAAAAGAAGGAUCAAUAUGUCUUGUAGGGAUAUUGAACCACUUGUUGUUGCAAGAGUGAUAGGAGAAGUAGUAGAUAGUUUCAACCCAAGUGUGAAAAUGAAUGUGAUAUAUUGCUACAAUAAUGGAAGCAAGCAAGUGUUUAAUAGUCAUGAGUUCAUGCCUCCUGUCAUUGCUGCUAAGCCUCGCGUGGACAUUGGUGGAGAAGACAUGAGAUCUGCUUAUACGCUCAUUAUGACCGACCCAGAUGUUCCAGGUCCUAGUGAUCCUUACUUGAGGGAACAUCUCCACUGGAUUGUGACUGAUAUUCCUGGUUCUACUGAUGCCUCUUUUGGAAAAGAGAUAAUGAGCUACGAGAGUCCAAAGCCAAUAAUCGGGAUUCAUCGAUACGUAUUCUUAUUGUAUAAUCAAAAUAGAGGAAGGCAAACAGUGAAACCACCAGCAACAAGGGAUCAUUUCAACACUCGAAAGUUUGCGGCAGAAAAUGGAUUGGGUUCCCCUGUUGCUGCUGUUUACUUCAAUGCCCAAAGAGAAACUGCUGCCAGAAGAAGAUGAAUAAAAGUAAAAUUAUGCAAAAUAAAUAAGGUCUGCAUUAUGAAAAGCAACACAUACGCAGAAUUUUUCAUAAGCAAUGUCAUAAUUUUGACUCUCCUUUGGUCCUACUUAUAAUGUAGAGGGUCGCCUAGUUUGUUGUAUUAAUUUGAAAAUAAUACGUGUAUGAUUUUCAAUUCCCGUAUGCCGUAUUAAUAGUUUUUGAAUUACUACCUCAAUUCACGAAUUAUUUUACAUAAAAUUUAACGAGGAACUCGUACAAUUAUGGGGAGUUUUUACUCGUGAAUUCAAGCAAGUCUCUUUCAAUAACUGAGUUUAAUUUAUAUACAUCAUAUAACUUAAACUUCUUUAUAGUGACAGCGUGUCUAG